AUGGAGUAUUGUGGCGUUUGCGAGACCAGGAUAAACUCAAGACAUCAUGCUUAUUCUUGCGAAGAGUGUGAAUUUUUUUGUCACAUUGAAUGUAUUCUACGCAAGGAACGGCCCUCACCAUUGUACGUGAAAGAUCUGUAUCCUGGUGGCGGAGUCAUCCCAAGGCCAACAGAAAGAAACAACUUUGAACCCAUUGCAUUGGCAAAAAAAAUUGUGGUUACGGUUUAUACUGGAAAGGUCCGAAGUAAUCAUAUUCAUGUGAUGAGACUAUUCCACAUGACUGAGCUUGGUGAACUUGCAUUUUGCAACAUAUGUAAAGAAAGAAUUCUUGAUAGCCCAUGGAAAUGCGAGAUUUGCAGUUUCCUGGCACAUAAUUUCUGUGUAGAGUUGGGGGAGCCAUCAAGACAUCGACUACACUCGAAACACCCUUUGACACUCUUGUCCAUGCCCCCUGCACGGUAUGUGCUGAGUUGUGACAUUUGCAAAGGGGAUAUAGAUGGUUUCAAUCUUUUUUGUCGGGUAUGCAAUUUUAUCACCGACUUGAGUUGCGCCUUGAAACAAAAACAUUUUCUUGGGGUUUUAGGGCAGAAAUUAGUCGGAACCAUAGACGCACCUUGUAUGACCGGACAACACACCAUGGCUGUAGUUGUCGUCUCGAGGUCGUAUCCAGCUCCUUGCGGUAUUUGUGAUGAGAUUUUGAAUGGAAAAGCAGUGUCAUGUUUGAAGUGUGAAGAGAUAUAUCAUCAUCGUUGUUUUCUUUUCCGGAGACGGUAUGUAUUCGGGCAUCCACUUCAUUCUGAUCAUCCGCUUGAACUUUUACUUAAAAGUGGAUCCAAGUGCAUUGCCUGCAAACUGAAUAUUACAAAGUAUGGCUAUCAUUGUUAUGUAUGCCACAUCAGUAUCCAUACUAAGUGCAUCGCAGCUGUGGAUGCGAAGUCUCACUACCACUAUCUCUACCACUUUUGGAUGAAGGACUCAAAGUUGAGUCGGGUGUGUUGUGUGUGUGGCACACGAUGUGGUGAAUCAUUCUACGGUUGUAUUGAAUGUAACUUCAACGCCCAUGCAGAGUGUAUUGGAUUUCCAUACAAUGUGAAGAACCUAAGACAUCAGCAUACGUUGGAGCAACAAAUAUCUUUUGGUGGCGGUUAUUUGUGUUCUCUGUGUGGAUUAGAAUGUCCCAUCAGGGUGACCGUGAAGCUGCAACAGAAGAAGAACAGCUUCGGGACAUCUAUAUUAUGUACAUUGAGCGGGAUCUUUGCAACUUGGUUGGAGAGACUGAGUCUUAAGUUGCUUCUGAGGUUAUGGCAACUUCUCUUAUCCGAGCUUACGUUGACGACCGGAGAUCGUUGCUGGAAGCCCAAAUUGAAGUUAUCAGGCUUCGAAGAGCCUUUCUCCGACGGCGAGGUAAUGGUUUGUCUAGCUUCCGUUUAUGGAAAAUGGGUGGUGAUGGAAGACAAGACAUGGAAUUUUGAGGUCGAUAAAGGAAAAGGAGGGAGGAUGUUCUACUUGCGUGAUGGUUGUACACAUGAGGAGCUCCUUAGAAUGGUACAAGCUGACUAUAUGCUGGAUAUGGAACCAGAGCGGGUGGAGUUAUCCUAUCCAUUACCAGAUGUUAUGCUCCAUCAAAUGCCCUCUGACUUUCCUCCUAUGUACAUCACCAACGAUGGGCAGGAUAAAGGUCAGCAGAGAGAUGAGGAUAACUAUGUCGAUGAAGAUAACUAUGUGGAUGAGGAUGAGUAUGAAGAGGAGGAACUUUCAGAUGUAAACUGGGAUGCAAAUUCAGAUGAAGAAGUUGAGGAAGAGUAUGAUGAUGCAGGGGACGAUGACUAUGUGGAUGAAGAUUUUGCAGGAAAGAAAGCUGAAGACACGGACGCAGACUAUAGUGAGUAUGGGAAAGUUCAAGAUGAAGAUGAUUGGGAGAAAAAACGCUUUGAAGAAAGGCUUCGCAGAGGUGAUUUGAAUGGUCAUGGGGUAGGAUUCGAUGGGUCAGGCGAUAUAUCAGUUGGCCAGAGCUAUGUAAGCAAGAAUGAUCUCAUAUCUGCCUUGCGAGUGAAGGCAGUGAUGUCUAGAUUCGCCUUCAAGGUUUCUAAGUCUACUACCAAGCUCUAUGUGGCAAAAUGUUUUGUAGAUGGAUGCAAAUGGAUGUGCAGAGCUGCUAUAAAGAAUGAGGCAAAGAGGUUCUUUGUCACAAAGUAUGUCAAGGUUCAUACAUGCUCUGUGGUGGACCGUGCUCGAUUCCGCAAGGGAUGUACUCCAAGGUAUCUUGGGCAGAUAUUUGUAGAGCAGUUUGGAAUCAUUGAUGGAAUUGUCCCAAGGCAUAUUGCUUCCGCGAUAAGGGUGUUGCUUGGACUUAAGCUUAACUACACCACUUCUUACAGAGCUUUAAAAGCUGCCAACUUUUUGUUAGGGGAACACCAGAAGCUGGAUAUGCGGCUUUGCCCUCGUACUUGCGAAGAGUGA